AUGCCGAUCUUGCACAUCGUUCCGGUGCCUCAAUCGCCUCGAGGGUUUUACGCAACGAACAACCCGUACCAAGUGAGCGGACCAAAAGGGUUUAGUGAGUUCAAGUACAUGGAAGAGACCCAUGAUCUGUACGUGAGGCUUGACUUCCCAGGAAUCACGAAAGAGAGUUUGGUCAUCCGUCUAGAACAGUCGAGGAAAGCUGUUAUCGUGAUCGGAGAAGCACCGAAAGGGAGCAAACACGACUCUUCUCCCCGCAAGUACGGAACCGCCACGGGACUCAUCUGUGACUGCUGUGUUAUCAGUAACAUACAGUGUUUCAUUGGUGAUGGUGUCGUUAGACUCAUCCUUUCCAAGAAGAAGAUCAAUCUCCCUGUUCCUACCUUAUGUACCCUCGGAGGUGCAAGGAUGCCUACUGAUUUACCUGCUAACAUUAUUCGUGGAUAUGACCCAGAAGUAUCAUUUGAGCUUCUUUUAGAGAUGAGUCAUGGUUGUUUUUAUUUAGUAUGGUAUAGUAUAUCUGACAUUGUUCAUGGUUUUGUUUUGAUUCCAAUUGUUGCAGUCGCAGGUGGCCAUCCUCUCGCUCAUCUCCGUGGACUUAACCCGGAAGGUCGCCAUGGCACUGACCCUCUUGAUCCGGCGUUCACGGGUCCGGUGAUACUGCCACACCCGUCAGUGUUGGAGGGAUCCACGAGCGCUUACGAGUCAAAGCAGCUCUCAAACGGUGGUCUGUAUCUCCGUAUCGACAUGCCUGGUGUCCCCGACGACAGAUUCGCGGUGGCAGUUGACGGCAACGAUGUUCUCAACGUCAUGGGGCGAGCUCCUGAGACCAUGCACGACUCGAAAGGGUUUUACGCAGUGAACAAUCCAUACCAAGCGAGCGGACCAAAAGGGUUUACUGAGUUCAAUCACCAAAGAGAGUUUGGUCGUCCUCUCGAACCAUCGGAGAAAACUGUUAUCGUCACCGGAGAUGCACCCAAAGAGAGCCCACACGAUUCUUCUCACCGCAAUAACAUUGAGAGUUUCGUUGAAAACGGCGUCGUUAGACUCCUCCUCUCCAAGAAGAAGACUAAUCUUCAUCAUACUCAUACCUUUUGUACCUACGCAGCUGAUGGCCGUCCUCUUGCUCAUCUCAGUGGACUUAACCCAGCUGAAGGUUGCCGUGGCAUUGACCCUCUUGAUCCGGCGUUCACGGGUCCGAUCAUAGUACCACACCCGUCAGUGUUGAAGGGAUCCAAGAGCGCUUACGAGUUAAAGCAGCUCCCAAAUGGUGGUCUGUUUCUGCGUAUUGACAUGCCUGGCGUCCCAAAAGACAGAUUCUCGAUGGUAGUGGACGGAGACGGUGUCGUCACCGUGGUUGGACGAGCUCCUGCGAUCAUGCAUGACUCAUGUGGGCGUAAUUACGUAGGCAAGGUCGCCCUUGUCCCUAGAGGCUAUGACGGCCGUCGGAUCGAGAUAAACGCCAAGCAUGGUGUCGUCCGUCUCAUUAUCACUCCCUAGCUUUUGGAAUUCACUUCAUCGCAUCUUAAUAUUAUUAUAUCAUAUAUGCUUUUGGAAUAGUCUUGUUUAAAACAAAUUGACCUUAUGCACCUGUUUGUCUUUUCUUUUGAAUUUCGGAAUAUUUCAAGAACACUAAUUGAUAUGGACUUUAAU